UCAGUGGCUCAUCAUCCUCCACCAAGGUGUCACUUAAGGCAGCUAACUCCCAGUCUUACCUUGCGUUUAAUUUAACUCUUUUGAUACCCAUCUCUGCUUGACAUCUCGGGUCUUUCGUUGCAAUGAAGGGUAUCAGGGUUUUCGUGCUUUUCGUGGUGCUUUCUGCAUCUCUGCUGUGCACAGCCGAAGCGGCCAGGAGCAGGACCAGCAACCUGAACAGCUUCCGACGGGCAGCUAACGGCAUCUACCAGACCCUGAGCAGUGUUUUCGGAGAGGACAACAUUAGAGGGUUAUACAAGUUUUUCUCCAAAACGACCGAGCGGUUUGUCCAUGGCGUGGACUCUUUUCUUGACACCAUGUGGAAGAUCUGGUCAGAUUUGCUGGACGUGAUGGGCAUUGAUUCCUCAAACCUCAGCCACUACUUCAGCCCCACAUCUCUCACCAACUCUCCAGCUCGCGCCCUGCUCCUGGUUGCCGCUGUACUUGUGGCCUACUGGUUCCUCUCCAUGUUCCUGGGGGGUUUCUUUUACCUUCUGCACGCUGUGUUCGGCCGCUUCUUCUGGCUAGCACGGGUCACGCUCUUCGCCCUGUCCUGCCUCUACAUCCUGCAGAAGUUCGAGGGUGACCCUGAGCGCGCGGUGCUGCCACUCUGCUUCAUCAUGGCAGUGUACUUCAUGACGGGGCCUGUGGGAGCGUACUGGCGUCGGGGAGGAGGGGCAGGUUCACUGGAAGAGAAAAUCGACCACCUGGACACUCAGAUCAGGCUUCUCAACAUCAGGUUGAGCCGCGUCAUAGACGGCCUGGAGCGCACCGGGGAUCAGUAGGUAGCUGCAAGGGAGGGAGGGGAGGGAGGGGAUAUGGUACAACCGGCUGCAGUUGAUGUCAGUGUGCUGUUUCCUGUACACAUCUGCAGCGACACAACUACUGGGUAUUUACAACUCUAUUGUCAGAUGGGGGACUAAACUAGAUUUGAAAACAGUAUUUUAUCUGCUUGAGUUGAUUUUAGUUACAGAAUACCUAAAAUUCCUCAGAGGUGUGGACAGUUGACUUGGAGCUUACGCAAAUCAACCAAACAACUUUGUUUUUUUUAUGUUUGUCUCAAUGAUUGAAAGGUUUUUGCUACAUUUGUGAGGAAGUUAUCGGAGAGAUGUCCAUUGUUUUCUAAAUGCUGGCCUAGUUCUACACCUCAGCUACUUUUGAGAAACUCCCAAGUUGGGGUUUGAAUUUGUGUUGUUUGGAUAAGCAUUGUCGAUGCUUUUGCUAAAUGAAGAAUCAUAUUUUAUGUAUGUUUGUUUCUAUCUUUGUGAAUAACCUAGGGGUUACGAUUCUUACACAGGUUUGUCCAAACAUUUAUUCCCCUUUUUUGAAACUAUUGAAGUAGGAAAGGGUAUGGGUGUAUGAUGCCGGGGACAAAUACAAAUAUUGUAUUUCUAAUGCGUAAAAAAAAAUAUCCUCGAGACGUUGCAUAGUUGUUCAUAAGUAAGAUUUAUUUAUUCCAUCCGAAAUGUUGACAUCAUGUAGAUCUAGUUUUGAAGUCAUCGUCCCAUAGUGGCAAUAGUUUGACAUCAGGACCUCUUUUUCAUUGUGUGGGUUUGUUUGUGUGAAUGGGAGCAUGAGCAACUGCAUCUGGGUGACCUACUUGAAUGUGUGUGCAAAUGCAUUAAUGUGUGUGUGUGUUUUUCAAGCUUGUGAAAUGGAAAAGCAAAAGCACUAUCAAAAAGUCACCAUCAGACUAGGAGAAAAUGCAGACAUGCAGCAAUAUCUCAGGGACUCAACCAACACGCAUAUAGAAUUGGGAAAAGAGAUCAAGUAUAUUAAAAUCAUGUCUUGGUCUCUUGAGUCACUUCACAGUUUUUCAGAUAUGGUUUGAAAUCUGUCUCAGUAACUUACAAUACCGAUUGAUGAAUUUGGUGUUCUUGCAUCAUGUUGAAAUUGCAAAUAUUGAUUCACAUCUGAUGCCAAGACCAAAUGCAGCUUUUUGAUACUACCAUGGAAUUGUUGCAGGGACUUAAAGUGCAGCUAGUGGUUUAUAGUCUGUUUUAAUUGGGGGGGGAAGCAUUGGUAACAUUCAAACACAAGCAAAUUAUCCACAAAAGUGAUUUUGAGUCACAUUGGCCUAAAGAGGAUUUUUAGUGUAAAUGGGAUUACAUUCUCAAACUUGAUCACAGAUUAAAUUAGGUCUGGUGCCUUUGAUCCUGUGGAAAAUACAAACGUGUACUGUAAAACCCCAUUCGACCCGGCAUUGGAAAAUAUACAUUUAAAGCAGUAAUUUCUUUCUUUCUUUUUUUUUAAUUGUUUCAUGUUAGUGUGUGAUAAAUGAUACAGUAAUUUAAUGAGAUAUUUACAACCAGGUGAUUGAUGAACAGUAUAUCAUAUUAAAACUGUGCCCUUAGUUCUAAUUUCUGCCUAUUAUUUAUUUUUUAAUCAUGUGCCGUCCUAAAAGACCGGGACUUUCCCUGCCAUGCUUCUAUGUUUAACACAUACUGUAUGUCUUCGUCGUCUAAUUUACACCUUGGCUCAGUUUUUUUUAAGUUUUUUUUUUUUUAAUUUCAAUUCAUAGAAUCUGGACUCUGUAAACAAAUGUUUUUAUACAAAUGACCCUAAUGCUGUGCAAAAGUGUUGCUUUCAGUUUCUAAUGAGAAAGAUUGACGAAAGAAGGAAACGAGUCAGUAAUGUUGCAGGAUGGUUGAUGUGAUCAGAGAGCUCUUACAGUUCAUGACAUUAUUGAGGCCAAAGAACCAACCAGUAUUUAUACCCUUGACACUCUCAUUAACAAAGUUCUCAGCAGCUAUUGGUUUGUGAGAUGCAAUUUUUGUCCCACUCCUAAUGUUUCUCAGUGUAGCAAGGUUGAAGUGUUAAUAUUCUUCUUGAAGAAGGAAGGUGUGGCAUCACUAUAAUACCAGAUACAGACUCAUGGGUCUCAGCACAUUCAGAUAAUUACCAUUACAUAUGUUCAUUACGAUGGCUGGGUUCAGAUUCUUAUUAGACCUUUUGCCUUUCAUGUUUAUCUUGGAAUUAUGUCUUAAGUAAAUUAGCUAAACUUAUUCAAAAAGUACCAUUUUUGAAUAGAGCUCGUCUUAAUGUGUAUCGAUUGCAAAGUCUCCCCAAACGCACCCAGUUCAUCCCUGCAGUAACUCCCCCCCCCCCACCCCCCCACCCCCCCAAGUAGCCCAUAUAUCCAAAGUAAUCUGGGAUUUUCUUGCAUGCUGUUUUUAUGCCUGUUAUGUUACAUUAUAUACAUGUUGACUGCCUAGUUAGAGGACCCUUCUGAAAUGUGAUGAGUUGGUCAGAAGUUCUAUGAUUUGUCUUAUUUUUCCAACAUUUGCACUGAUGACUGUAGACCAAAGUAUCACACCUAAUGUGGUCUGUUUCACAUUACAAGACUAAACUGGACACAAACCCACUUAAUCUCAGACGUGUUAGGAAAUCUUAAAAUGUUUCAAAUAAUUAAUUUGCAAAAGGUACAGCUGACUUCAAGGGGGGCUUGAUGCUGGUGUGUGUGGUUACAGUCUGAAGCCAAUGACCUGUAUGUUUUACUAAUGACAGCACAUGUUGUUUAUGAAGGUGGAUAGUAAUUGUCAUGUAUGUUACUAAAGGAAGGUUUUUACUUAGUAAUUACCACAAAAGGCAGUGAGUGAGACAACUGCUUAAACGCAGAGAAACUAAGUUGCCAGUAGCUGUAGGACUACUCAUGUUCCACUUGUCAUGUCCACUUGGAUGUUGAAAGAUGCAGGAGAUCUUUCUGUUAUCUCUCAGCACUGGAUUUAAUGCUACAUUCAGAUUAUAUUUAUUCUGUUGAAACUGCCUCUUGACUGGCUAGUAAUUCCAUUAUUUUAAUGUACCGUUUAUUUAUUACUAUUCUAUGUAGUCUGCUUUUUAUAACAUGCUGUGCCAAUGUAUUUUGUUAAAUUUAAGGUCAUUUGAAUCUGUUUUUUUUUAUUUCAUCAAUAUUUUUAGACUCUUUUUUUAUCAGAAUUUCUGUACUUCAGUGAUGUGGCAAGCGCCAAACUGUUCUGCCUGCUGUCUGUGUCUUUAUCAAAACCUGUUGAUGCCUAAAUGGUUCUUUUUCUUUUGUCAGUGAAAAUGAGGUCCAGAUUUGAAUAAAAUAAACACCACAGUAUGACAGAC